GGUGAUGGCUGAAAGGAUCGAACAACGCAUCGAGGACCGAAUUCCCGAGCUAGAGCAGUUGGAGAGAGUCGGGCUGUUCACUCGUAAGGAAGUCAGGGCUGUCAUUAAGAAGGUCUCAGCUCUUGAAUAUAAGAUACAACGGAGAGCACUUCACAAGAAAGACUUCAUCGGUUAUAUACAGUAUGAAAUCAACCUCUUGGAACUGAUUAAGACACGAAGACUGCGCAUUGGAUAUUCAUUUAAGAAAGAAGAGAUUGAAUACUCCAUUGUGCAAAGAAUUCAUGGCAUUUUCAAACGUGCUACAACAAAAUGGAAGGAUGACCUUCAGCUGUGGCUGUCUCAUAUUGCAUUUUGCAAGAAAUGGAACAAGAAAAUACAGCUGAGUAAAGUGUUUUCUUCCAUGUUAGCCCUUCAUCCCAACAAACCAGCUUUGUGGAUCAUGGCUGCAAAAUGGGAGAUGGAAGACCGCCUGUCAUCAGAAAGUGCUCGGCAGUUGUUCCUUCGUGCAUUGCGUUUCCAUCCUGAAUCUCCUAAACUUUAUCAAGAGUAUUUUAGAAUGGAGCUGAUGCAUGCAGAAAAGCAGAGGAAAGAGAAGAAAGAAUUUGAGCAAGCGAACAUAGAUUUAGGUGAGUUCAGUUUUUCUGAGGACAUUCUUAAUGGUGAACUGGCUAGAAUUGUCUACAGAAAUGCCACUGAAAAAAUCAAAGGUGCUGAGUUUGCACUAUUGCUUUUGUCAAUUGCAAAACGUUUUGAUUUUACGCAAGAUCUUCAAAAAGAAAUUCUUGAAAACUUGCAGGCAACGUAUGACAACGAUCCUCUUGUGUGGGAUUUCAUGGCACGGCGGGAACUGGAGAUGGAAUCCCUGCCUUCUUCAGAACAGCCUAAGUCGAAACAGUCAAAGGCUUUAGAGGUUGCCUCCAAAGAAGAACGGUGUUGUGCUGUAUUUGAGGAGGCAGUCACACACCUUCCCACUGAGGAAAUGUGGAAAUGUUAUGUCGCGUUUACCUUGGAAAGACGUAACCGGAAGACCAACAGUGAAGAAUUAAGGCAAAAGAGACUGGAAAGGGCACUGAGUGUUUUCAGCCGAGCUCAUGACUCACAACUUCUGCCAGCUUCUCUCUAUAAACAGUGGAUUCAGCUCCUGCUGGAACUCAGUCAUGAAGACAAGGCCAGGGAGGUGGCAGCGGCAGCCACAAACCGUUUCAGCCAAUUGGUGGAUAUGUGGGAAAUGAGGUUGCAAUUGCUGCUGAAUCUGAAGAGCAGUGAAGUGGCUGCUUGUGCCCAGGAGGCUUUCAAAGUGGUUAAAGCUAAGGACACCUUGCCAAUAUGGACUUUAUGGCUAGAAUGGAGUGAAGGUGCCAGUAGCAAAGCCGAGACUGAAGCCCUCUAUCAGAGAUCUUUCCUUGCCACACUUCCUGCUGACUCCAUAGCCUUGAAAGAAAAGUACCUUGAGUGGGCUCACAGGACCGGUGGCUAUAAGAAAGCAAAGCAAGUCUUCACCAGGCUGCAGGAGUGCCGCCCAUUUUCACUCCAGUUCUUCAAAAAAAUGAUUCAGAUUGAAAAGGAACAAGAAUCCAGUAAAAUAUUUAACAUCCGAGAAUAUUAUGAACGUGCCUUGAGAGAAUUUGGUGCUACAGAGCCUGAUCUUUGGCUGGAUUAUAUCAAAGAAGAGCUGAAUCAUUCUCAAGGCAAACCAGAGAAUUGUGGCAGUAUCCACUGGAGAGCUAUGAAAACAUUGCAGGGAGAACAAGUGGAAACAUUUAUUUCAAAGUAUACAUUGCUGCAAGCUGGGCACCUGUGAAAAAAAAUUUUUUUCAUUCUAAUGGCAAAUUAAUCUGUUUGUUAGUCUACAACUAUGGAAACUCUUGGGUUUUAUUUGAGUCAAAUGUAUAAUGAAUGUUCCCUGGAUAAAUUACUUUACUUGCUACUAAAUAAUUGCCUACCAUC